CUUAAAAAGUACUACUAUUUUUGUUCAUAUUCAGUUCUUAGAAACGGGAAAUAAACACAUCACAAUGAAUUACCUCCCCCUAGGACAAGAGCUGUCACAUCAUCCAAUUUUACCACAGAAUCAGACGAUGGAAACAGAUUUCUCACUAGACUUGACCUAUCAACCAAUCAAAACAGAGACUACAAGUUUUGAUGUAAAUUCUAGAAAAAACAAUGUAAAUACAAGAGGUCAGAUGACUUCCUUUCUCCCACCAUGCAGAAUAUGCGGUGACAAAGCAUCAGGAUUUCAUUAUGGCGCCAAUACUUGUGAAGCUUGUAAGGGAUUUUUUCGUCGUAGUAUUGUACGAGAACAGAAAGACGAAGACUUUGAAUAUCGAUGUGUCAAUGAUAAAAAGUGUAUUCUAACUGCUGGGAAGCUAAGACUGUGUGCAUGUUGUCGGUAUCAAAAAUGUUUGGCGAUUGGUAUGUCCAAGCGUGCUAUAAAACAAGGGAGAUAUACUCAUGCCAGACGCACUCAGUAUAUCAAUGAAGUAAAACAUCAUGAUAUUAAAACUGAACCAGAUCUGAGGGAAACAAUUCCUAUUGACAAUAAUGAAGCACUGAACUUUAUCAACAGUCUCAUAGCUGUGCAGGAAAAGCAUUCACUCACAUGUAAUGUGAGAUUAGAUGUGAAUCAUAACAACGAAGUUUCAAGUCCUGCUUUAUACAAAGACAGGGUUGGUUACAGUAUUGUUGAUACGUUUGAAUCGUCCGUUACUUUGAUGGUAGAGUUCAUGAGGUGUAUUGCAGGAUUUACUCAGCUUCACAAACAUGACCAAUCAGAGCUCUUGAAAGGUAGCCAUUCAGACUUUUUCCUUUUAGGAGAAAUAGACAAUCCAAUGUUUAAUCAACAGCACAACGGAAUACAUAACAUCUCUAAAUGGCCUGUUCAACAUUUAUAUUCAAAGUCAAAACUUCAAGAUGUUUAUAAGUUUAUUUCAAAAUCUCAAGAACUUUCAAUUUCAAAAGAAGAAUCAACGAUACUACGUGCCAUAGCAGUAUUAUCAACAGACAGAGUAGAUUUGUGUGAUCCAGAAGAAGUAGAAAAAAUGCAGUGGUUUUGUGUGAACUGUCUUAGGAUGUUGACCACAAGAUAUUAUAACAAUCCCAACCAAAGACUGUGGCAACUAUUGGACCGUAUCACUACACUACGCACACUAUCACCGGAUUACUGACAUUGGUACCUAGAUGCAUAGACAUUUUAUUGCUGAUUAAUAUAUUUUAGUCUAAUGUCUCCAUACUGAUCCUUGUUGUAUUUAUAUUUAUUCAUGUAUAUAUUUUUUACGUUAACCUAAAAAUAUUAGAUAUGCAAUAGUAUGUAAACCAACAAAACAAUAAAAA